AUGGCAUCAAAAGUUAAAAUAGAAUGCAUCAAAUAAGGAUAUUAAAUAAGUAAUGAAAUGAAAAUAGAUAUUAUGGACUUUUAUAAUCGAUCAUUACAUCAAGAACACUAUGCACAUAAAACCGAUUACAUUAGACAUAAUCUGGAAGAAAAAUAUGGUCGAUGUUUUUCGAUAAUCAUAUAUUCAAUAGGUUCAUUUGUGUCUCAUUCAUUUUUAUAUGCUGACGAUUUUUUAUUAGAAUUGAGAUCUCCUGAACAUCAUAUUCUUGCCUAUUUGUUACCUCCCUCUUAUACUCCUCCUCCAUUGAUCCCUGAUCCUUAGGUUGUACCAUUAAGUAGAACAUUGAGUCACCCCUUACAUGCUUCUAAACCUGUUUAAUUGUAAUUAUCUCCUUUACUGUAGCUAACAAUCAGCUCAAUCCAAGAUCUUAGAUUAUCCAACAUAAUAUUCAUCUUAUUAUGCUAAUAAAUAUUACGAUGGCUAUUAUAGAAGAGGAUAUUGGUGAAAAUCAAUGAAUUCUUAUUUUAUUUUAUUAAUAAAAUUUAACAAUUCAUGCAUUCUUAUAGAAAUCCUAAGAUUCUCUAAUUAGACAGACCUAGUAGAGGAAGUGCAAAUACAAAAUCAGAGAUGUAGAAUACGCAUUAUAUAAAUAAACCAGAAACAUAAUGGUUCUCGCAAUAACCUAAUAACUCUACAAAGAUAUAUGAAUCUAUUGUGUAAUACACAAGCCACUCUUCUUAACAUGAUCCUAACCAAAAUGAUAAUGAAAGUACUGAAAAAUAGAUAAAUACUUUGAAAUUGUCAACAUUAACAUCAAAAUUUUCGAUAUAAAAUCCUAAAUAAUAAAGUCCAUUUAAUUCUUCCAAGUUAGAUACACCAUCAAGAGUUGAUUCACUAUUGUUAGAAAUUUCUGAGAUUAAGCAACAAAAUGAAAAAGCUAAAUAGUUUUAUUAAUCCUAAAUUAUCAAUCUCUAAAAUACUUAGGACUAAUUAACAAUUGAAAAUAUCAGCUUAUCAAAUUCUUUAAAAGGAUUAACUUAAUAACUUUAAGAUGCUAGAUACAAUAUGCAUAAAAUAUAUCAAUAAACAGAUUUGGAUGAAUUUACUAAUUCCAUUUAGAUUGAUUCCAAUCAUCAUCCAAACAUCCAAUAGGCUUUCUACUAAUUUUAAUCAGAAAUCUUCCAAUUCAUUUAUUUGUAUUAAAGUUAAAUAAAUUAAAAAAUACAAUUGAAACAAUAGCAACUCAACAAAAUCAUUAUUAAGUUGAAUUCAAUAAAAAAUCAUAAUCAAACAAAUUACAAUUCUAUUAGUAAAUCCACAGUUGGUCAAUCUAAACCUAGUUACAAAAAAUAAGCAGACUUUAUUAUGAAUUAAAAUUAGGGACUGGAGAAACAAUUUAAUGAAUUAAAAAAACAUCAUUAAUAUAUUAUUAAUAAUUUUGAAUAAGAAAAGUUAAUUGCAUAUUAAUAAGAAUAAUCACUUAAGAGGGAAUUCCAAGCAAGAAUUCAAUAGUUGGAAUAAUAAAUCAGCAUCUUAUUAGGUGAAAAUCAGAAAAAGGAAUUAAUUAUAUCUGAUUUAAAUGACUUUAAUCAAUUGAAAGUGCUUCAAAUCUAAUAACAAGAAGAAAUAUAGUAACUAAAAGCUAAAUUAUCAGAAAGUAACAAUAGCUAAAUUAAUCUAAAUGACUAGAUAGUAUUAUUGAAGAAGAAUAAUAAUAGUCUUUUAAAUGAUUUCGAGAAAAAUCAAAUGGAUUUAUCAACAUUAUAAAAAGAGAAAUAAUACUUUCAAAUGUAAUUUGAGAAAUACCAAAUUGAGAACGUGGAUUUGAUUAAGCAUUAAUAACUACUAAAUGAAAAUCAAUAACUGUAAAUUGAUAAAUUGAAAUAAGAAUGGUAAUAUUAAACUAAUAGAUUAUAAGAAUAAAUAAGAACUAAAGAUUAAAAGUUAACGUAAUUUUAAGAAAACUAUAAUACAUUAUAAAGGUAUAAAUAAGAAUUAGAAAAUCUACUUAAACAAUCUAGAAAUGAAGCAAAUAAAUUCAAAGAUUAAAUGGAUUAAAUAUAAUAAUUAUAAACUAAAAUUAAUAAACAGAAUUAUACAAUUUAAAAUUUAAUAGAAUAGAAUUAAUCAUAAGAAAACAUGAUUAAUAAUUAUUAAUCUGAAUAAAAUUUGUUUGAGUAGAAAAUUGUUGAAUUACAAAGAAAGAAUUAGUAAAUUUAAUUGCAAUAAUAGCCUUAAGAAAGAGAGAGUUUGAAUUAAAAAAUCUAUAAACUCUAGAAGAAUUAUGAAGAUAAAUAAUCGGAAAUUAAAAUUCUAUAAGCAGAUAAUUUUGAAUUAUAGAAAUAAAUUAAAUAAGAAUAAGUAAAUUAAUUAUAAACUAAAACUUUGAUUACAAACCUAUAAAAUGAUAGAUUAUAAUAUCAAUAAUAAAAAGCAUAGAUUGAGUAAUAAUUAGAUAAGCAAUAAAAGCAUAAUUAAGAGUUACUCAAAUAAAUGGAGGAGGUAAUUUAGAAUAAUUUAAAUUAAUAAGAAUAACAAACUAAUGAAUGGCAAAACCAGUAAAAGAUGCUAACUAAAAAAUAGGUGUAAUCUGAAAAGCAUUUAGAGAGUGCAUUUAGCGAAAAUGAGAAGCUAAGAGUAAGGAUAUCAGAACUGGAAUACAAAUUAGAAGAAGAAAUAGAUAGAAAUCAAAAGUUGGUCGAAGAAAUAAAAAAAUAUUUAAUUGAUUCAAAGCAAAAGGAGAUCUAGAUAUCUGAAAGCAAAUCCCAAAUAUAAAGACUAACUCUAUAACUUAAUAAUAUAGAAAGAGAUAAGUAGGAGUAAAAAGCAACCCUAUUAAAUGAUUCAUAAUAAAGUGCUUAAAUUUAAGAAAUAGAAUAACUCUAAUUCAAAAUAAAAUAAUAUCAAAAUGAAUCAAAGGAAAAUGAAAAUUAAUAGAAAUAGCUCAAUUAAAAAUUACAGGAGGCAUUAAAAAAAUUGGAACAAAUUUAGUUGUAAUUACAAGAAGAAUAGCUUAAAUCACUUAAUCUUAUGAAAUAAUUACAGAGCAUAUCUGAAAACAAGAGUUCUAUUCAACAAAAUUAAGAUAUUAUGGAUUUAUUUGAUAAACUAUAUUAUUGCCUGAAUCAAAUUAAUCUGAAGAGCAGCUCUAAAUAUUAUUAUAACAAUUAAAAGAACAGAAUGAGAGUGCAUUGCAAUAAAAAUCAUAAAUAUAGAGUAGUCGGGAUUAAGCUAUUGAGCAGAUUAAAUAAUUUGGAAAUUAAAUCUUUAAUUUGA